UUUUAUUUGAUAUAAUAAAUAUGAGCAUUAGCAAUAAUUCAGGAGGGAGUGCCAAUGACGAGAAAUCCUUUUUCAAAAUUAUGAAUCAGCAUUGAAGUGUUCAAGAAGGGAUCGAUAUGAGAAGCAGAUCAGCCAGUUCAGCAAGCAAUGACUCUUUUUCUCGUUUCAUGAGGAAAAAUUUAGGCGAAAAGAAAUUCUUCAAUCUUCAAGCAAUUGAUGGCUUCGCCAUUCUUGAUAAGGAAAUGGCAGAGGAGAAGCCUAAAGUUGAAACUGCCUUUUUUGACAAGAUGGAUGUGGAUGGUAUUUGUGCUGACAUCAAGGAACAAAAUAAUGAAAAAUAUCACCUUGAUAAGCUCUUUCACCCACAAGGACCUUAUUUUACACAGACAAACCAAUUUGAGAAGAAUAGAAAGCGAAGAGAGAAGAGGAAGAAUAGGAGAUACUCUCAGCAUCAUUCUAGCUUCAUCGACGAUAUUGACCGGAAUCUUUAUAAAGAAGAAAUUGAAGAUGAGAAGGAUUACUGCAUCGAUACCUUAUUUGAAGAGCCAGAGGAGAGAGAAACCCGAAUGGAGCUUAUCAAGAGGAAUAAGAUGAGAAGAGCUACGAAAAAUGCUGCUGUUCAAACAGGGGAGGAAAGCAUUCCUCUUUACCCUAAAGAAGAAGAGAAAGGGCCGCCAAAGAACGAAGACAAUACAGUUGUUCCUAAAAUGAUACGGAGGGGAUCUUUAACUAGCAAGAUGGAUCUGCUUAACAAAUUUAAGGAUCAUGAAGUUCUAAAUGCAUUUAAGCUAUCACUCCUUCACACUGAUCAAGAUCUUGAAUGGGCCAGCGAGGAACAGUUUUAUCAAAAGGUGGGGGAAAACUUCAUAUCUUCCUUACUCAAAUCUUCGGAAAAGCCAAGCUUUGAUAUUGAAAGGAAGUUAAGUGAAAUGAAUAUUCAAAGUGACUCUUAUCAAGACACCUCCAAGAUUAGUGACUUUGGAGAUAUCAUCCCAGUCAAUUUUGAGGUUGAAUGCCCUACUGUUCAACGUCAUCAGAAGUGGAGUAUAGCAGAGCAAAAGAAACUUAGCAAUUUUAUUGCGAGAAGAAAGUUAAAUCAGAUCAAUCAAGAUGAAUGGGAAGAGAUCUCGGCAAAACUUAAUAGAACAGUUACCUCAAUCAAGCAAAAGGCUGAAGAGAUUGCUAAGAAAAUGAUUGGUGUCAACAAGAAGAGGAAGGUCACUGAUCUUCAUCCAAUGAGCACCCAUCAUGAAUCAAUGAGUUGACUCUCUAUGGGUGGUAAAAUAAACAAUAUGCCAAGCGUGAACACCUAUUCAGAAGUAGACAAUCAUGUAGAAAUGGGCAAAUCUCAGAAAUCUGACUUCAACAGUUAUUCCAGGAAGGCCAUCAUAGAGCAGGCUUUGAAGGAGCUUCCUCAAAACCAAGGGACAAAAGCCCAAAUAUUUGAUACAAUUACAAGAAGAUUUGAGAUUAACUUGGCUAGUAAGUCAAGUUCUAAAUAUAAAGGGUUCCAACAAACUCUUAGCAAGUGUUUCCGCAACACAAAAGGGUUCUAUACAAUAGUUCCCUAUAGCGAGGAGUGUGGGGCUCUCCAGAAGAAAUUGGGAUCAUUCAGUGAAUGCAAGUCUUGGAAAGAAAAGACCUUUUAUGUGCUUAACUCUUUUCCUAACAGACAAGCAAAGCUGGAUGAUAUCAAGUCUCAGAUACCUAUUUACGUGGGUCAAGUGCAUCCAAGUAACAGCAAUGAGUAUCGUAAUGAGAUAAAUUUGUGGGAGAAGAACUUAUUAAAGGUAUUAUCUAAACACGAUAAUCUCUUUGACACUAGUAACUCUAAAUCAAUUUUCUAUCUCUGAUAGGAAAUUUCUUCUUGCCUCAUCAAGUCUUGAACAGGCUUCGAAGGCACGAAAGCCUUCAUAUUUUGAGUGUGAAGGCUCUCAAUGAUAAAUAAAUUACAAUCAACAUUUAAAAAUUUGU